AUGUCCGCCUACUUCUACAACCACCAACAACAACACCAGCAACACCCUCACCAUGGUGCUCACAUGCAAUCCGCCAAUAACCACGGUCGCUCGCGUCGUGCUCCUAAGAUGGCCUCGCAAAAUGCUCAACGUCAGUUCCGAGGAGUGAAAAGCAUGCGGGAACUGGCGGAGGCUCCGGCAGUGACAGCUUUCCGGGCGAGGUUCGAGGCCGGUCGUUCCUUUGAUUUGGACGAUGAUCUCGAAUUCUGCCCGGGUCUCCUGACUGAGGACGAUCUGCACUCCAUUCACUCCGCCUCCGACCGCUCCUCCCUCUCUAGUGGCUCGCCGGAAACCUCUCCUUUGCAGCACCAGAUUCAGCCGGUGCAGCAGGUUACUCCGUCCAUCUCUUUGUCUCCCGCUCAAGCCAACUCAUACGUUCACUCUGGUGUUGCCGGCAACCCUAAUCACGUCAACUACCAGCAGUCUGCGAACCGGACCCGCAAGGUCAUUCCCAUUGUCAACCCCUCUACCGGAAUGACGAUGACGAGCCCACCUUCAUCGAUUUCUCCCGCGAUGAUGCAGACUGCUCAACGUCGAUGGUAA